GUUAAAUGUCGAAUGAUAGCAUCGCGCUUCGUAUGAAUACCAGUUUCCAUGGUAUCCACAUUGUUUAUCUGUAUUUCAGAGGAUUAAGAUUUCAGACAUUACUUUUGUAGACUGAAAUGUCUGAUCUAAUAAAAUAUGAGAAAGUCGGAAAUAUUGGAGAGGGAGCUUUUGGAAAAGCAAUACUGGUUUUAUCAAAAUCAGAGAAUAUACACAGAGUUAUGAAAGAAAUUAAUAUAAGCAAAGUACUUCUGAUCUCUUUAAUUCUUCAUUGUAUUUACGUAGAUGACUCUCAAAGAAAGAGAAGAAGCUCGGAAAGAGGUUUCUGUCCUCUCGAAAAUGAAUCAUCCAAAUAUUGUUCAAUAUUGUGAUUCAUUUGAAGAAUCAGGCUGGUUAUAUAUUAUUAUGGAGUAUUGUGAUCAAGGUGAUCUUUAUACGAAAAUCAAUAAACAGAAUGGUGUUUUAAUGCCAGAAACACUGAUAUUAGACUAUUUUGUUCAAAUUUCAUUAGCAUUGAAGCAUAUUCACGAUCGAAUGAUUCUACACAGAGAUAUAAAAACACAGAAUGUAUUCCUUACUUCAAAAGGUCGUUUAAAAUUGGGUGAUUUUGGCAUUGCUAAAGUAUUAAAUCACACUUUGGAUUUGGCGCGCACCUGUAUUGGCACACCGUAUUAUUUAUCACCAGAAAUUUGUGAAAAUAAACCAUAUGAUCAUAAAAGUGAUAUCUGGGCGCUUGGUUGUGUACUCUACGAGAUGACAACAUUGAAACAUGCAUUUGAAGCUGGUAAUAUGAAAAAUUUGGUGUUGAAAAUUAUACGGUAGAAUGAAAUUAUUUAUUUUCAUUCCUGUUUUUUUAUUACAGUGGGACUUAUCCACCUGUUUCAUCGAAAUAUAGUUAUGAAAUGAGAAGUUUAAUUUCACAGUUAUUUCGUCGAAAUCCAAGGGAUAGGCCAAGUAUUAAUGAUAUCCUAAGAAAACCAUUCUU